GUGGACGGGCGCACGUUAGCUACGGCAGCGUGCGUUAGCAAGCAGUGGAACCAGACGGCACUAGAUGAGCGGCUCUGGGAGCUGAUCUGCACAAAGCACAACCGGAACCAACAACAGCAGCUCCGCGCCGUCGUCCUCGCUCUCGGCGGUUUCCGACGGCUCUACUCGCUUUACCUCUGGCCACUCUCAAAGCCGUCGCCGCCUCCAUCGUCGUCUUCUUCGACUCCAACUUCCGCCUGGCCUUGCCUUCCUCCGCCGCCUACUCGGCCGUUGAAAUACGCCGCUACGAACACUCGAUGGGGAAAAGAUGAAGUCAAUCUCUCGCUAUCGCUGUUAUCGAUUCGGUAUUAUGAGAAGAUGAACUUCAAAGCUAAUAAAUCAACUUAAUUGAUAAUUCAAUUUCAAAAUUUAACAUUUUAUUGUCCUAAUUUUUCAGCUUAUGGUUUGCUUUUAUUGUGUUGCAUCAUUUAUGCUUAGAUCUAUUAGAUCUAUUGAUUUGGAUCUAUAACUCUUAUGUAUCAUAUGUAAGCUUUUGAUAUUCCAAGCAGUUAAAUGUAAACUGAGCUCUGGUUAAUUCAAGUCACUGAUACUAAUUA